AGACACUCCAAAUCAAAAACUCUCUCAGGCGGGAUGAUCCGUAAGUUGUGCGUGGGCAUGGCACUAUGUGGAAAUUCAAAGGUAGUAAUGUUAGAUGAACCCACGGCUGGCAUGGAUCCUUCAGCUAGGAGAGCUCUAUGGAUUCUUUUGAAACGACAAAAAGAAGGACGUACAAUAUUACUGAGCACUCAUUUCAUGGAUGAAGCGGACCUUCUUGGAGACAGGAUAGCUAUCAUGGCGGCGGGACAGUUGCAGUGCUGCGGAUCGAGCUUCUUCCUGAAGAAAAAAUUCGGAGCAGGCUACAAUCUCGUCAUGGACAAAUCCCCAGAGUGCCGUCCCGCAGAAGUUACCGCGUUGUUACGGAAAUAUAUACCUGACAUUGAGGUUCAUAGUAAUGUUGGUUCGGAGUUGAUAUAUCUCAUGGAACAAAGUUACUCUUCCAAAUUCGAACCCAUGCUGAAGGAAUUAGAAAACAACUCAAAGGGAUUGGGAAUUCUUGGGUACGGCAUUUCUUUGACGACAAUGGAAGAAGUGUUCAUGAAAAACCGAAAAAAUAGUGUAUCCGUUGGUAUUUUAGGACGUACAAUAUUACUGAGCACUCAUUUCAUGGAUGAAGCGGACCUUCUUGGAGACAGGAUAGCUAUCAUGGCGGCGGGACAGUUGCAGUGCUGCGGAUCGAGCUUCUUCCUGAAGAAAAAAUUCGGAGCAGGCUACAAUCUCGUCAUGGACAAAUCCCCAGAGUGCCGUCCCGCAGAAGUUACCGCGUUGUUACGGAAAUAUAUACCUGACAUUGAGGUUCAUAGUAAUGUUGGUUCGGAGUUGAUAUAUCUCAUGGAACAAAGUUACUCUUCCAAAUUCGAACCCAUGCUGAAGGAAUUAGAAAACAACUCAAAGGGAUUGGGAAUUCUUGGGUACGGCAUUUCUUUGACGACAAUGGAAGAAGUGUUCAUGAA